GGACGUAGCUGCCACCAGCUGUAGAAGCCCCCCGGCCAGCCCCCCGGCCCGUCAUGUUGGCCUGUCUGCAGAGGAGGCAGAACCCCCCAGCUCAGCACUUGGUGUGUUCCGCCAAGGCCCUGGAAGCACCACACUCCACCAACCGGAAAUGUGACCCGGCCGCCCCUACGCACCCCACGCGGUACCCCACCGCGGCCGAGCUGGACGCCUACGCCCAAAAGACGGCCGGCAGCCCGCUCUCCAUCAAGAUCUUCCCCAGCAACAUCCGGGUCCCUCAGCACAAGCACCUUAACCGCACCGUCAAUGGCCUGGACACCACGGGCCAGCGCUACAGCCCAUACCCACACUUCCACACGGCCGGCUAUCAGGGCUUGCUGGCCAUCGUCAAGGCAUCACCGGGGCCCAGUGCUAAGGGUGUCCUCAAGAGUGCCGAGGGCAGACGGACUAAGCUGUCACCGGCCCAGGUGGCCGCGGCCCCCUAUCCUCCCCCCACGCCCGCCGGCCUCAGCCUCGGCCACGGAGCUACAGCCUAUCGCGCGGCUUCUGCCAAGCUCCCCCCCACGGAGGCACCAGGGAUGGCGGCGCCCCCCCCCAACGUGACGGUGGCAGCUUCUGUGAUCCCCCUGGGCGGGGGCCGCGGCCUCUCCCUGCCACCGCAGUCCAACCUGCCCUCCAUCCAGAGCAUCAUCUACCAGAUCAACCAGCACUGCCAGGCGCAGGCGCUGCAGCAGGUCUGCCAGGGGGUGGUGGUGGCCCCCACCCCCUCCAACGCCAGCCCCUCCAAGCAGGCCACCUCCUCUUGCUCCUCGGGUGGGGGUUUCGCGGCCAGCCUGGUGGCCCAAAGCGGGCUGGCGUACAGUGGCGCGGAGGUGGUCAAGGCAGGGGCUUAUGGGGACAGCGUGGACUACAUCCUAUGGCAGCAGCAGCAGAAGCAGCAGCAGCAGCAGCAGCAGGCCACCCUACGCAUGUACAGUGGUGGGAGCGGAGGAGGCGGAGCCCUCAGCAAGUCCCCGGAGGCGUGUCUCCCUGGAGGCGGGGCUAUGGGUGUGGCCUCUGCAUCCAGGCCCUACCCACUUCCGGCUAGCAUCAGCGGGGGCGGAGGCUUGGAUAGGCUGGGCUCCUCACCCUUGAACUGUGCCGCCAUGCAUGGCAACUUCUCUGUUGGCCAGUACUUCGCCCCGCCCUGGAACAGCGUGCUGGCGACACCGGACAGCGACUGCUACAACCCCCAGGAGCUGCCGCCCCCCCAGCCGCAUCCUCACGUGGCCCACGGCCACCUCCACCCGCACACGCACCUUCACCACCAACAGCACCAACACCAUCAUCACCCCCACGCGGCCACGGACAGCGGUGGGGGCAGCGGCCUGUGCUGUGGCCUGCCCAGCAGGAGUCUGUGCAGUGCCUCCACUCUGAGCAGCAGCCUGCAGUCGCUGGAGUACCUGAUCAAUGACAUCCACCCGCCCUGCAUCAAGGAGCAGAUGCUGGGGAAGGGCUAUGAGACCGUGUCCGUGCCGCGGCUCCUCGACCACCAGCACGCCCACAUCCGCCUCCCCGUCUACAGAUAAGGAGCCAGCGGAAGUAGGGGGGGGUGCAUGUGGAAGAAGGGGGGCCCUCGAGUGUGAAAAAGCAUAGCUUGCUUGUCAUGGAUGGUGUCGCUUUGAAAGGGGCACAGGAUCGAUCAUAUUGGGCUCAUGGACUGGAAGGACCCUGCUGUUUGUGUCAAGGGUGGGGAAAAGGGGUGGGGAAAGGGGGAUGGAUCUACUGAGAAGAGCGCCUCCUGCUGGAAUUUCUGUAGUGUAGUUUGCCAACAGGGAUUUUGUGUGUGUGUGUGUGUGAGAGAGAGAAACGGUUUCCUGCUUUUUUCCUAUUUCUUUAUUUUUUUUUUUAACUUCCUUCGGGACAAUAUUCAAGGCUUGACAUGACAUGCACACAAGCUCCAGGUGCCCCCUGACCCCCCGAACACACAGAGCAGACCUGGCCCAGUUCGAGGGAUCCUUCCUAGGAGCAGUCAGGGCUUGCUGGUUAACUCCAAAAUGAACACACAUGAACACAAGUGAACAGACGCAAAAAAAAAAAAAACAAACUUAAAAACAAACA